AUGGAUUCAGGAGCAACUGUUUCGGUGUUGACACUAGAUGCUUAUGAACAAUUAAACAAACCAAAGUUGUGUCCAUGUAGAAAAGAAUUAUUUGAUUACGGCAAGAACCGAGUAAAGACACUUGGAGAGUUUAGUGCAGAACUAAAGUGUGGUGAAACAAAGAGAACAGCAACUUUAGUGGUAGUAUGCAUUCGUAAUGGACAUAAUUUAUUUGGCACUGACCUUUUUGAAAAAUUUGGAUUUGAAAUUCGCCAAAUUGCCUCUAUAAGCAAUGAUUCACAAUUAACGGAAUUAUUAAUGAGAAAUAAAAUUGUGUUUGAAUCUAGUUUAGGUACAAUUAAGCAGGUUAAAGCAAAAAUACAUUUAAAAUUAGACGACGUGCCUAAAUUUUGUAAAAGUCGACCUAUUCCAUUCGCUCAAAUAAAUCAAUUUAAAAUAGAAGCGCAACGCUUGACUGAUAGUGGUAUUUGGAGACCAAUAAAAUUUAGUGAGUGGGCUUCGCCAAUUGUAUUGGUUACAAAACCAGAUGGCUCUCUUCGCAUUUGCGGCGAUUUCAAAACAACAGUGAACAAACAAAUCGAUGUCGAUCAAUAUCCAUUACCAACGCGAGAAAGCUUACUUCAUAUUGUCCGAUAUGGAAAAUAUUUUUCUAAAAUCGACCUGAAGGAUGCCUACCUGCAAAUGGAGUUGGACGAAGAGGCAAAAAAGGUUUUAGUAGUCAAUACACCACUAGGGCUUUUCCAAUAUCAGCGGCUUCCUUAUGGAAUUGCCAGCGCGCCUGCUAUAUUUCAAAAACAUUUAGAGCAACUUAUACUAGGUGUAGAAGGAUGUGGUAAUUAUAUUGAUGAUAUAAUCAUCGCGGCUGAAACGGUGGACCUACAUCGUCAACGCUUAGAAAAAAUUUUGCCAAUUUUGAUUGAGAACGGUAGAACAAUUAGUGCAAAUGGUAUUUUACCUGAUGAAAAAGGUGUUCAGGCUGUAAAAAAGUUGCCACGCCCAACAAACAUUAAAGAAGUCGAAGCAUUUCUGGGUAAAGUGAAUUAUUACCAUAACUUUAUUCCAAAUUUUUCGCAAUUGGCCGCGCCUAUCAAUCAUUUACGUCGGAAGAACAUCAAAUUUGUUUGGGGCACUAAGCAGGAACAAGCAUUUGAAGCUUUAAAACGACACAUAAUAGACGCAACCGAAUUAUCACAUUUUCAAGAACAUCUACCAUUAGUGUUAGCUACUGACGCCUCAUCAUAUGGAAUUGGAGCUGUCCUUGCUCAUCGAAAUCCAGACGGCACAGAGCGCCCUAUUGCUUUCGCAUCAAAAACGCUGAACACUCAUCAAGUUCGAUACAGCCAAAUCGAAAAAGAGGCACUUUCGAUAAUAUUUGGAGUUACUCGUUUCCAUCAGUACUUAUUUGGUCAUAAGUUUAUUCUGGUUACGGACCAUAAACCUUUAGUAAGCAUCUUCAGUCCAAACAAAAAUUUGCCAUCAAUGUCUACACAUCGGUUGCAACGUUGGGCAAUAACAUUGAUGUCUUAUCAGUUUGAGAUACAGUUUCGUAGAACUGCCGAUCACUCAAAUGCCGAUGCCUUAUCACGCCUGCCUUGUGGACCAGAUCCUGAGUUCGACAGGUUGGAGCAUUGUUAUCAAAUAGAAAAUUAUGACACACUUAUCAACGUCGGAUUGCUACAACAGCACUACAAAGACGAUUACAUACUAAAACGUGUAAAAAAUUUCAUUUCGGAAGGGUGGCGGACAAAAUUAGCUGAUGGCGACUUGGAUUUGCUUCCUUAUUUUCGUCGUAAGUAUGCUCUUUUCAUUCGAGAUGAUUUGAUUUAUUUACAGACAGAUGCUACUCGAGUCAUUGUACCUCAAUCCUUGCAUCAGUCAGUUUUAAAGCUUCUCCAUGACGGCCAUUGGGGCAUCGUUAAGAUGAAGCAACUCGCUAGGCAACCCUGCUGGUGGCCUAAUAUUGACAACGACAUCGAAAAACUUGCUUCACAAUGCAGUGUUUGUCAAAUUGCGGGUGCAAGUCCGAAACAAAAAUACCAUGAGUGGCCAGAGCCAGAACGACCAUGGCAACGAGUACACAUAGAUUUUGCUGGCCCAGUGUUCCAGUCUAUGUGGCUAAUAGUAGUUGACGCUUUCUCACAGUUUCCAUUUGUGGUACAGCUUAAAACUAUCACCACUAUUGACACCAUAGCAGCUUUGUCAGCAGUUUUUUCAUUAGAAGGACUACCUGAAACUAUAGUUAGUGACAAUGGACCUCAGCUAACUUCCGACCAGUCCGCUGAAUAUUGUGCUCGUAAUGGCAUAAGUCAUGUUAAAACAGCACCAUUUCACCCAGCAUCAAAUGGGCUCGCGGAAAGGUUCGUACGUACAUUCAAAUCAUCCGUUCAAAAGAAUAUUGAUGAUGGGUUAUCGAUUAAAUUGGCUUUGGUAAAGUAUCUAGCGACAUACCGAGCUAUUCCUAAUGCCGAAGGGAAGUCACCGGCAGAAUUGUUACAUGGGCGUGCGCCACGUACUUUGCUUACACUGUUAUCAGCACCACCAAACAACAAUAAACCCGUCACUCGUUCAACUAAAUUUUCGCCUAACGAAAACGUGUAUAUUAAACAUUAUGGUCGAGGUCCGAAGUGGGUGGAAGCAGUCAUUAUUAAAAACUUAGGCUGCAUGGUUUAUAUUGUGAAAACGUCCAACGGUUACGUGAGACGUCAUCAAAAUCAAAUAAAACACCGUUCAUCAACGUCAGCAGAAAACAACAGCAAAUCUGAUUGGUAUAUAUUGCCAACACCUGUUAGUAAGCAGGAGGAUAACAACAACACUAAUCACACUAACACUGAAGAGCGUUCUCAGAUGACUGAACAGAUACCACGUCGAAGCGCUCGUACUCGAGCUCAACCGAAUCGUUAUCAACCUAUUUAA